UAGAUUGAAAGAAUUAGUGUCAUGAUAAAUUAUACCCUGCAACAUAUAUAUUAAAGUUGCAAUGACAACUUAAAAACAUAAUGAAUAUAUUUCAAUUGUGGUGAUUAUUCAAAAACAUAUGUUACAGUGAAUUAUUGGGAUUUACUUUGUGGUGUGUAUGAAUAUUAACUUGAGCGUGCUAUUAGGUUGGGAAUUUCUUUUCAAAGCUAAACAGAGCUGAUACAAGUUGGGUGUUUUCCCGUCUCCUUAAUUCUCUUACGGUUUCGACUAUCCCAGGGGUAACUAACCCCGGGACUUAACGAAUAUGGAUCUCCUUUAUGGAAGUGACCAGAAAUUUGGCGGAAUGGAUGAAGAUAUGAGUGAUUUUUUGGAUAACGACGUAUUUCCUUCACCGACAGCGGAUACCAGCAACUACAACAUGGAUGAAGAAUGGUUUAACAGUUUCUUUGUCGACCCUGUCCUUAAUGACAAGAUGAUCACAGAUGCUGCCCAGCCCCCACACAUCAAGUCUGAACACAGCUAUUCCACUAUGAACGAGAACAGCCUAAGCGGCUCCGAGGAUCUUGGCGAUAUGAGCCGACUUGAAGAUUUGGACUCCGAUUUUCUUAUCAAGAAUGCGGCCCUUGACCUUACAACAAAAACCACACCAAACAUGAACACGACAAAAUCAGAGUCACUGGACUGUGACCCGAUAAAGAUGACUUCAACAGCCUCGACAACAGUAAUGACACGGACAUUCACGGUAACCAAGCAACAGCCUACAAUAAUUCUAGCAUCAUCGGCACAGGGACAGUCGGCAUUAUCAGAACGAUCAGUAUUACCAAAAAUCACGGUUAAAACAGAGCCAUUAGAUGCUUACGAUUCAUCAGAUCAAACAGUGAAUAUUGACUCGUUAGUGCUUCCACCAACACCCCCUAGUAGUAGUAACAGUGACAGUGACAGCUGUUCGAGCCCGCAGCGCUCCGCCCCAUCAAGUCCAGUUCGACAUCUUCCAUACUCUCGCCAGCUGGACCGGCAUUCAUCGUACUCAUCGUCUCUCUCACCCACAGGAUCAUCUCGCCAUUAUUCACACUCGUUGUAUUCGUCAUCUAGUCAGAGUGACAGUGGAGUAGACAUUGUAUUCCAGCAGAUUCCCACAUCGGGAGUCCUCAUGCUUACAGAAGAGGAGAAGCGGACUUUGAUCUCCGAGGGGUACCCUAUACCAUCCAAACUGCCACUCACCAAACAGGAGGAGAAAAAUCUGAAAAAAAUUAGACGCAAAAUUAAAAACAAGAUCUCAGCUCAGGAAAGUAGAAGAAAGAAGAAAGAAUACUUAGAGGCAUUAGAGAAAAGAGUGGAGUCGUUUUCACAAGAAAACAGUGAAUUAAAGAAGAAAGUUGACUCCCUGGAGAAUAAUAACAGAUCUCUAUUGAGUCAGCUUCAGAAGUUACAAAACCUUGUGGGUAAGAUUCCACGACCCAGUGGGACAGUCCCGCAGACAGGACUUAUGGUUCUGGUCUUAUGUUUCGCUGUAUUUCUGGGCAGUUGGACUCCAACUUCUCUCAAUAUUGGGUACUCCACCUCUAAACCCGGGCUUCCCAAUCAUCUACCUUUUGCGAGCCCACAGCUUGUGAAACCCUCGCCUAUGAUGGGCCCGCAAAUUGAAGGGGCUAAGGUCGAUGCUUACUGUACUCCGCCCAUGAAAUCUCGUGUGUUGAUGUCGUUACGCGGAGAACAAGAUGACCUUGACUGGUAUGAUAUAUAUGGCCCGAACAUACCAAAUGCUGAGCUUGAAAAGGAAGAUCAAGAAUCUGUUAAACCGGAGGUCAUCUGGUACCAACCGAAAGUGUCCUCCGUUGAACCGGAAAUUGUUGCUGACAAAAAUGUUACCAAUGACAACCCUGCAAACACCGAAAAUGCGGAGGAAUCUCUUCCUGUUGAAAAGAGCGAGGUAGUUGAGGUCACAGUAGACGGCCGAUUUGGUCACGCCAAUCACUCACGAGAUGAGCCAGUAAAAUCCGUCGUUGGAAAAGAUAUUUCACGAUCGGAUAUUGCAGUCGAGGGACUAGUUGAAAGUGCUGACACUAUUUAAAUAAAUAGAUAAUUUUGUCUUUUGUUUAUAUUGCAUAAUAUAUUGUGAGAAAUUAUGUUUGCUGAUAAAAACGUCUUGGUAAAAAUUGAGCACCGGUUUCUUGCUACUUAUCAAAACUGGUGUAUUUUUAUCAGGGUGAACAUCAGAAGUGCUGGUGAACUGUAUUCAUGCUACGCAUUAAUGUCGAUUAAUAAUCGUAUAUGUAAAUGAUUUCAAAACAGCGUGUGGUAUAAAUACUAUUUCUUAUGGAAAGACAACUUCACAUAAGUAACCUUGAAGAGAUUUUAUUUUUCCUUCAGGCUUAAGGUUGUUAAAGUCAGAAAUGACAGAAAUAUUGUCAUUUUACAUUCAAAGUGGAUUUGGCUUUCUUGAAUUAAUUGUACAUAUGUAAAUAUCGGAAAAAACCAUGAGGUGUAUUUAUUCAUUAAAAACAAACUGCUUCCAUUUUGUGAUGUCAUUAUACAAUGAUCCAGGUGGACCAAUCACAAUUGUGCAUUUAACUCAUUAUUAUUCAUGUAUUCAUUAGUCAUUACCAUAACCGUGAAUAUUCACACUUAAUGCCAUUAAUUUACCAUUCUUUGUGCUUAGAAUUAUUUUUGUUGUGUAAUAUUAUACUUUAACAUUUAUUUUCACAUGGAAUCAUGUCAAGUAUGUGAAACUGGGACAAAGUUAUAUGGGAAAAAAAAGUAAAACCAGAUCUUGAAAAUCCAAAUUUCGUAAGAAAAGUGAGAAAAGUAAAGGCUCUGUCUCAAAAUUCAAGCUUUAUCAUAUGCUAAUUUUGAUGCAUAAUAAUUGUGUAUUAAGGAAAUACUUAAAAAAAGCAAAAAAACUAAAAAAGCUGUGAAUAGCUUUCCCCAAUGUGAGACAAUUCAAACUCGAAUGUGGAAAUAAACAUAUUAGAAAAAAAAAGAAGAGAAUAAGAAAUUUAUUUUUUGAGAUUUAUUAUAUGUAUGUAUUUUGUUAUUUUAUAUGUGCAUAUGACUGUACUUUGAUUUUUUUUUUCUUUCUUCUUUUUACCUGUCUGUUAUAACUAUGAAAAUAUACCAGUAUAUGUGCGUGAACUUUGCUAGCAAAUGACUGUUUUACAAUAGCUCUUUCGGGAAGGAAAUGUACAGAGUGAAAACUAUUAUUGUACAAGAGUAAUUUAGCUUUGUAAAUAUUUAUAGAUGCAAUUAAAAAUGUAAAAUUAAUGGAAUAAAUGAGAUAUGUGAAUGAUAUUGUAGACAUGUACAUACUUAGAGAGAAGAAAAUACAUGUUUAUUUUAUUGAUUAUAUGGCCAUAUGAAAAUCUUGUUUGGUUUUCGGACUUUUUGUGACAAAAUGUUAAAAAAAAGUACUUUUUUCUAAGAAAAAAAUAUAGGGAAAGAUAAAUUUAAAGAAAUACAAAGAUGUGUGUAUUGUUUAAAAAAUAGAAAGGGCAUUUUUCAUGGUAUUUCAAAAGUUUUAUUCAAUAUUGUGAGAGAGAAAAAAAGGCUCUGAACCAAAUGAUUUAUUUAUUUGGCCUUAUGGUUUCAUCAGAACUCUCCUGUGAUACUUUAUUUUUGGUGGCCUGUAGGCCUAAAACCUGUGGUACGUUAUCAUAGUAAUUCAGAUUCUAUUUUUGUCAGAGUAGAUACAUUUGUAUACUAACAUUAAUAUACAAUUGGUCAUUUAUGAAUUUCUUUUCUCAAGUACAUUAAUUAUGUAGUUAUAUUCACUUUUUUUGUGUGAACGUUAAGUCGCACACAAUCAAGUUGUUAAUUGUUAAUAUAUUUUAAUGGGCUGGAUUUUCCAUAUUAGUGCAGAUUCGAGAAAAAAAAAUAAUACUAAAAAAAAAUCAGAGAAAUUUGAUAGAAAUAUUUAGCGGUAGAAUAGUUAUAUGCAUUUAUUGAAACACAUCAUUUCGGAGUACACAUAUAUAUUUAUUAAACUAUUCAUCUUUUUUAUUUUGUUUAUUUCUACAAUUUUGGGAUUGUAAGCUAGUCAUUUGCAUCCUACUUUACUAUUUUAUUCUCCAUUUUGUAUGUUUCAUCUGCACUUUAGUGGGUUGUGGGCCUCAGCAGCCUAAAACUGUUACUACUAAGUCUUUGAUUGGCUAACGAAAACGAGGGACUGUCUCAACGUGAAUGUUUUUACAAUAUUUGAAACUUUUGAGAUGUUCCUUGUUUUAUUUAGACCAAUCAGAGUCUCGAUUUCAAUAUUUGUUGUUGAUGAUGUUGACACAUCAUUUUGUGUCUUUUAAAGAAUUGUUAUAUAUAUAUAUGUAAAUGAACAUGACAGGUUCAAGAAUUGUGCUUUUUUGGGGGAGAGCAUUAUGCAAUUAAAAAAAAAGAAAUAUAUAUUUUAAAAUGAAAUAUAAA